CGUGAAUCAAAACAACUUGUUUUUAUGGCCAGUCAGAAAAUAGGUGUGGACUUUCUUUGGGGUGAAAACUGGUGGUCUUCAGGUUAUAACCUGGCAGGUGUUUUCAUCUCAAGGUCUAAAGUUGAACGAACUUUUUAUUUUUAAGCUAAACUUACUAUACUAAUGUUAUAAUUUAUUACUAUUAUAUUGGAAUAAUUGUUUGUUUUUAGGGGUUUUUUGGUUGUUGUUGUUAGGUUGAGAUUUGUAUUUGGGUUUUAUCGAUGAAUCUCGACUCGAUCGUCACGCUCGUGCCUGGCAGCCAAUGAGCCUGCGCGGAUUUAUCUCAAAGCGGGACGAGUUCCGAUGUCAUCUAAAACGAAACUCGCCCGUUCCGGAGUAACCUUCUUGUUUUAUCGGCGGCCGCUUACGAUAUUCAGCGAGACGCCAGGUCGACGAGUCGGACGGAGUCGAUGCUGUUGUGAACGAGCCCGCCGGGGCGCGACAUGGACUCCAAGUCCUUCUUCGGGGCCAACAGGCUCGUACAUCUCGACCUGAAAAGGGCGCCGCUCAAGGUGGACUACCUGGAAAAGUUGUUUCCUCUGUUGAAAGGCUGGGGCGCGACUGGCCUGCUCAUCGAGUGGGAGGACACUUUCCCUUACACGGGCAAUUUGGUCGAGAUCGGUUCGGCCAAUUCGCCAGCCAGGGCUUAUUCUGACGAUGAUGUUGACAGGAUCUACCAGCUGGCUGAUGCAUCCAAUCUCAUCGUGGUACCAUUAGUUCAAACCUUUGGUCAUCUUGAGUUUGUCCUUAGACAUGAAAAAUGGGCUUAUCUGAGGGAAGUGAGCAACUUCCCGAGCUCUAUGUGCCCGAGUCAUCCAGAAGCUGUACAGCUCGUAACAUCCAUGAUCGAUCAGGUUAUGGCAAAAGUGCCAAAACGACCAAUAUAUUUUCACAUUGGAGCUGAUGAAGUAUGGCAUAUGGGUCUUUGUGCCGCUUGUUGCGAUCAAGACAGGAACUUACUUCUUUUGAAUCACCUCGUACUCGUACUCCGGUACUUCAAAGACAAAUACCCUGGAGUGAGGCCGAUCAUGUGGGACGACAUGCUCCGCGGAGUACCACUGCACUUGCUCAAAGAAUACGUUCUCGGUGAUUUGGUCGACAUCAUGGUUUGGUUUUAUGAAUCCGGAUUAAAUUUCUACGUUCCUGAAGAUCUAUGGGCAAAAUACGGUGAGGUGUUUGGAAAGGCUUGGGUGGCUUCGUCCUACAAAGGCUCAACAGGUCCGUGUCAAGUCCUUCCUGUAUUGCAUCAUCAUAUCUCUAAUCAUGAACAGUGGCUUGCUUUAAUUUCAAAGCAAAACUGCUGUCUUAUACUUGGCAUCGCUCUUACUGGUUGGUCCAGGUACGACCAUUAUGCAACUUUGUGCGAGCUGAUGCCGACUGCAAUACCUUCGUUGGCACUGUGCCUUAGGGUAUGUACAAAUGGCGGGUAUGACCACACGCUUUUCAAAAGGGUUUCUUCAUCACUCGGUUACAAGGAGGAUAUUCCACCUUCUAUGGUACCGUUUCCAAGACCUCAGGCAGUUGCUGGUGAACUGGAUUACCCUGGGUGGCGGGCAGCAACCGGUGUUGAAUGGUACGCCAACCUCAAGGGAAAACACCAAACCUUGCUUCUAGAAAAAGUCGGUGCUUGGUUGAAUCCAUGGCAGCUGAAAAACAAUUUUACCAACCCAAUGCAGAUCACAGGGCUCGUCAAUGCCUUAUACGAAUUAACAGAAGAAUGGUCUGCAUUGGAAGCAUACAUGACAAAACACCUCGCUGAAGCUUAUUACGACGUGACAAUAGAUGAGUGGGUGGCUACGCUUGUUCACCCUCUUAAGUCUGAAGUGAAACUUCUGUACAAGUCCGGGCAAAAACAACUCGACAUGCAUAAAAAUCCAUGAGGUUCUCGCAUGGUAUCGUUUUAUUCUGUUCAUAUAUAAAUAUUUGUGAGAGUUGAGUGCUAUUUUUAUUAUUGUAUUUCUUUGAAUGUGUUUUCUUUUGUAUGUACGAAACGGAU